AGCAGCAGCAGCAGGAGCAGCAGCAGCAGCAGGAGCAGCAGCAGCAGCAGGAGCAGCAGCAGCAGCAGGAGCAGCAGCAGGUUGAGGUGUCAGAGCAGCCAUCGAUCCCCACCGGCAGCUGUGGCAGGAGCCCGCCACGAGCCGCUGCCUCGGGCUCGAGAGGAGCGGACAGAGCCGAAGGAGCGAACUUGAGGAGCUGGCGAGGGACCUGCGGGUGACGUCCUCGAGUCCAGCAGACACCUCGAGACUCAACAACAACACCAACAUCGCACACGGGGUCAGGAAACAUCUUGGGAAACGUCGUGAAGAAUAAGGAAAGGCCUUGGAGACCGGUAAGACGCCUUAAUGACUAUCGGCGAUCUUGAGAAUAAGGGAAUAUUUGUUUUUUUGUAAGUAAUAAGAUUGAAGGCCGUUAAAUCUGAAGGCGAGAUCUUGAAUUGAGCCUUGCGACGAGGUUGGGCAGCGAGCGAGGCGACGGAAGUCUUGCAGCGACCAUCUCCUUCACGGGGCAGGAAGGACCUGAAAGAGGAGGCGGCAGCUCGCUCACCUGUGGAAGCUUCCACGGCGUCGUAGGGCGAGGCGAGGGGUCGCGUGUGGCGAGGCACGCGCCCUGGCAUCCGACUCUCUGUUAGGGGGCCGAGGGAAGUCGCUUGAGAGGCCUGUGCUUUUAAGGGCGCUGACAUCAUCGACCUUCAGCAAUCGGACACAAUACAAAAAGUAAAGUUUUGCUUCGCACUUUUCUUCGUCUUAAAGUUGUCCAACGCCGCGUGAGAAACGAAUUGGUGGCUGUGUGACUUUGAGAGAGAAACCACGUGGACACGAGAGAGCUGAAAGAGCUGAUGAUGUUGAUGUUGUUGUUGGUGGUGGUGGCAUAGUGGGACUCGCAAGUGGAUUCCGAGUCUUGUUGUCGCCGGUUUCAAAUCUGUGGCCCUUUUGAGAACCCGAGACGGGGACUUGGGUUGUUGGAGGUCACUCGUCGAUGUUUCGGUCCAUGGAGGUUUGGGUGAAAUCCGGAGAGCGGAGUAUCCAAGUCAACGCUUCUGUGACAGGCGCAAGCAGCUGAUGACCAAGGAGGUCCGAGGAACUUGUAAAAGCCCCGGGCGAAGUGUCUGGGACCAACAAGAACCAGAGGAUGUGGUGACCGAGAGGAACUGUGAACUGUGAAGGGCGCUACCGAAGUCCGGAGACUGGGCGGGUCCCACGGACCGAGAGGCAGUGAGAAGCAGGAAGGGCCGAGAGGGUGCAGGGGGCUUCACGGAGCACCUUGGAAAGCCCCAGAGGAGCGAGGGAGUUUUAAUCCCCGGGAAAGGCAACCUCCGGAUAAGCACGGUUGGCUACGUACGGCGCCAACGAAGUUCAACGCACACGCGCACAAAGCCCCCGUGGUGUUGUGAGCACCCGUCCACGUGUGUCCGAGGAGGUGACGGGGACUUGCGAGAGGCAAGAAGGGACCUGGGAAGCCUUGAGGGAAGGCCGAGGAAGGCCAGAAAGGAACCACCGGAGACAAGCAGGUUGGGGGCGCGGAGAAGUCCCAGCGGAUCGCGUCAUCGGGAGAGGGGGUGGAUAGCGAGGGUCCGCGAAGGCCAGAGGUCAGGAGGGCCCGGAGGAGUUGGAAAAAGGGCCCCGGGAAGGCCCAGGGAGGCCUGGCGGCCGUCGAGCAGCAUGGGGGAGUCGCUGGACGUGAAGGGUCUCUGCCUCGCCUUCUUCGACUACAAGACGGAGAAGUUUGUGAUCGCGCGCAACAAGAAAGUCGGAGUCCUGUACCGCCUCCUGCAGCUCGGGGUCAUUGGCUACCUGCUCGGGUACGCGUGCAGGUGGGUGUUUGUGGUGAAGCGCGGCUACCAGGAGUGGGACUCGGCCCUGGAGAGUUCCGUCAUCACCAAGCUCAAGGGCGUCACGCUCGUCAACGCCUCCGAGGGGGGCACGCGCGUCUGGGACGUGGCCGACUACGUCAUCCCCCCGCAGGGAGAGAAUGUGUUCUUCGUGGUCACGAACCUCAUCGUGACUCCCCUGCAAAGACAAAGCAAGUGCCCCGAGCACCCCAAGAUCCCCGGGGCGCAGUGCACGGAGGACAAGGAAUGCCCAGCUGGGGAGCCACUCUCCACGGGCAACGGUAUAAGGACCGGUCGCUGUGUUCCUUACAGCCCGGGCAUACGCACCUGUGAGAUCUCAGCCUGGUGCCCUGUGGAGAACGCCACAGCCCCACGGAGGCCGGUGCUCGCCGGGGCUGAGAAUUUCACAGUCUUCAUCAAGAACACAAUCAGGUUCCCCAAGUUUGACUUCAGCAAGCGUAACGUGCUGGAGCGCGCCGAGGCGGACUACCUGAAGCGCUGCCGCUACAGCGCCACGGCCGCCCCCUACUGCCCGAUCUUCCGCCUGGGCCAGCUGGUGCGCGCAGCCGGGGAGGACUUCCACAGCCUCGCCGUGGAGGGUGGCGUUAUCGGGGUUCAGAUCGAGUGGAGCUGUAACCUGGACCGCCCAGCGAGUGAGUGCCACCCCGUCUACUCCUUCAACCGCCUCGACGCAGCGCGACCCCACCUCAAUGCCUCCUCCUCCUCCUCGGGGUACAACUUCAGAUUCGCCAAAUACUACCGGCAGGCGGACGGCGGUGAGCAGCGGAAGCUCUUCAAGGUCUACGGCAUCCGCUUUGACGUCCUGGUGUUCGGCAAGGCGGGCAGGUUCAGCAUCGUUCCCACGGCCGUGAACGUGGGAUCAGGCCUGGCCCUGCUCGGAGCGGGGGCGUUUUUCUGUGACCUGGUGCUGCUGUACCUGAGCAAGCGGAGCCCCUUCUAUCGGGAAAAGAAAUACGAGGAAGCCAGGUUUCAGAGAGGAGAGAGCGUGCAGAUGGGGAUGAAGCGAGACUCUGUCACCAUCGCUACCAUCAUCUGACGGCAGGAGCGCGCGCUCACACACACACACGGCUGCCGUUCGCCGCCGAGUGACGGUGCCAUCAUCCGCGCCACGUGGGCCAGGCUAGGUGCACUUUGAGGCCGUCACGUGAAUGCAAAAGUGUGGAAGGCUAGCUGCAGGCAAGAAGGUCGUGGGACAGACCCAGGUGUUGUUGUGAGUUAACCAACAUAAACGUCUGGCAGGUGCAUCACCCGUGCUCCCCACUGCGCCAACUUGCUGCGAUUUAGGCGCCCGGCAUUCCACUCGUUAUUGUGAGGGUCGCUGCUCUGCCCUGUGUUGUGGGUGGAGGGCAAUUGCGUUGCAGCUGCCCAGUAGUGUCCUUCAUGAGCCUCCUCCACAGAGGCCGAUCUUGACAACGCUGGUACCAGUUAUCUACAAAUCGAAUCAGCUCCACAUCCUCCUGUACCGCAUCAAUCCAUCUCUUCUCCAGCUCAUGCCACCGCGGUUAUUUUGCCCCCUCCAUCUGGCCAAACAGCUGCUGCUUGGCCAUGUGGUGGCUGGGCAUGCGGGCUACAUGACCGUGCAAACGCAGCCUCGCCUGUCAGAGGAGCUCACUGAUGAUGGGGACUGUGACCGGAUCUUUCAAAGAUCUGAGUUCCUCACACAAUUCAGUCUGGUUAAUCUAGGAUGGAUCGUAGGCAGGCCAGCCUAAUUGUUUAAAACCAGCCCAAAUGCUCCUCUAAAGGGCUCCACGUUUCGCAAGCAUAGCGAAGAGAGGGCAUAACGCUCAUACA